AUAUUUCGCCACAAAGAGUCAAGAACGUGAUAAUAACGAUCUUUUAAGAUAUUUUGUAGAAAAUAGUAACUCUUCGGCUAAGGACGAGGUUUUCUAUUAAGAUGAGUGCGAUUACUCUUGUAAACGCUAUCGCUUUUUUAUUGACAUCAGCAUUACUUAUACAAAAAGCCUCAUGUGUCUUAAAAGAGGGAGAAUGUGAAGUUUGUAUCAAGUUUUUGACUAACUUCGAGAAAACAUUAUCAGAUGCUGAUCGAAAAGAUUCAACAGAAAAAUUAAAAAAAGCUUGUGCCAAAGCUAAGAAUAAAGAAAAUAGAUUUUGCUACUUUAUUGGUGGUACAAAUGAUGCUGCUACAUUUAUAUUGAAUGAAGUCACAAAGCCACUCGCAUACUACAAGCCUAUUUCAAGUAUAUGUGAGGCACUUAAGAAAAAAGACAAGCAGAUUUGUGAACUAGCUUACGAAAAAGUUUUUGAUUGGAAAAAUAUUGAUCUAAAGAAAUUGAAAGUUAAAGAUUUAAAGAAAAUUUUAGAAGACUGGGGUGAGACUUGUAGUGGUUGUAUAGAAAAAACAGACUUUUUGAAAAAGGUAGAAAGUGUUAAGCAUAAACAUGUAGAAUUGUAGAAAAUUGUAGUUUCAUUCUGAAAAAUUAUUAAAAUACAGCA